AAACUAAGAAGAUUAAAUGUUACAAUAUUUUAUUUCAUAAAUUCAUUAUUUAACAAAUAAAAUGAAUUAAUUAUAUUAAAAAAAUAUAUUUUAUGCAACAAUUAAUUUUUUUAUAUUUAUGGUCAUUAUGAAGUGGCUCUGGAAAUCUCUCAAACAAUCUCAAAUACUUGACUAUGACUUAACUGUUGACAAAUUUUGGGAAGCUGUCAAUGUAUGGAACACUAAGCCUCAUUUAUUAAUUAAACAUUUAAUGGGUGCAGAAAAAUUAUUUGAUGUUAGUUUAAGUGAUGAUGUAAAAGAUAUUUUAAGUAUAUUAUCUGAUCAGCCUGUAACUUGGUAUGAAUCUCCAAAAAAUACAUUGAUAGAAUUUAAAUUAAAUAAAGGCCAUGAUAUUCAAGUUGAAGUAUGGAAACUCCUCACUAAAAAGCCAGUUGACUGGAAUGACUAUUUACGUUUGAGUGUAUUUAUUAAAAAAACAUGUAUUGCUGAAUUUUAUGAUUUUACACCAAAAUGUGGACAAAUUCUUGAACCUUAUGCAUAUAGCAUACAAUUUUCUAAUGGUCAGUUAGAGUUAAAACUUGGUAUUCCAGAAAAUAGCCAUGAAGUCAAUGAAAAAAUGAUGUACUGGUUAACUAAUCAAUUUUUCCCGAAAUUUUUAAAUUGGGUUUUAAAUGAUAAUGGUUCAAAAUCUACAAUUAAAUCAUUAUCACUAAUUUGUAUUAAUGAUUAUUGCCAUUUAUAUAAUAAUUUAAAAGAAAAAUAUGCUAAAGCACUAAUGGAUGUAUGGACUGAAGUUACUGAUCCUAAAAAGUAUAUUCCUAAAGAUAUUGCAACAGCCUCAUAUUUGAUAUUAUUAUGGGGCAAAUCAAAACCUACGUUUGUUGAUAUGGGUUGUGGAAAUGGUUUACUAGUUCAUAUUUUAAACAGUGAAGGAUAUAGAGGUUUUGGUGUAGAUAUAAGAUCCAGAAAUAUGUGGGCUCAGUACCCUGAAACUACUGUAUUAAAAGUGACAAGUAUUGAUCCAUCUUCAUCAGAAUGCAAAUUUCCAGAAGUAGAUUGGAUUAUUGGUAAUCAUUCUGAUGAGCUGUCACCUUGGGUACCAAUUAUUGCUUCACGUAGUAACUAUAAUUGUAAAUUCUUUCUUUUACCUUGCUGUACAUUUGAAUUAAAUGGCCUACGUUACCAACGCCAUGAUUCAUCUCUUAGCCAAUAUCAUGAUUAUUUAAAGUACUUAGAAAAUACUUGUAUUGAUAUUUUCAAGUUUGAAAUUAAAGUUGAUCGUCUUCGAAUUCCAUCAACAAAACGUAUUUGUCUUAUUGGCUGGUCAAAAAAAUAUAACCAACAACAAUUUAAUCAAGUUGUUCAAGAUAUAGAAAAUUUUGCCAAAUCUAAAUUCAAUGAAAAUGUUAAAUUUAUACCUAGACCUUCAAUAGAAAAAGUCAGAAAUUGUACAAAACUUGAUAGAGAUCUAGUACAAAGUGUAGUAAAUAGUGUUGUAGAAGUUUUAUUGAAGCAUCCUGACCAAUGGGCAUGCAGGGUGUCUUUAAGAGAAUUAGCUAAUGAAAUAGGCGCAGAGAGACUGAAAAAAUUAAAAAAAGAAUGUGGUGGUCUUCAAACUUUAUUACGAAAUCAUCGUUAUAUUUUUAUUGUUGAAAAAGGAAGCGUUGGGUUUAGAAAACCUACAAAAAAUGAAGGAAAAGUGUGGAAAAAACAUAAAUGCUGGUUCUACCAUAAUUUUCCUGAUAAAUGUCCACUAAAUGAUAAUGAAUGUUACAAUAUACACUAACAAAGAUAACAAAGUGCAAUAAUAUAUAAUGUUUUUUUUGUCAUUUUUAAUUAAAAAGUCUGUUUUACAGCUAUUUUAUGAAUAUUUUUAGAUAUAUGAAUUUGUACUUAGGGUGUAAUUUUUCUAAGAGAAGAUAUACCUAAAAAAUGUCAUUAUCUCAAACAAAAUUUUUUUUUCUUAUCUUCACUGUGUAUUUUAUUUGUUUUAGGACAGGAUAUCAUACCUAUACUUACCUAUAAACAUGACUGUUAUUGUAAAUAAAAAUUAUUAUAGUAAUCUUUAAUGUUGUACAGCAAUAUUUAUUUAAGGUCAGGUUUAGCAUAACUUGUUUAUGUGAGUAUGUCCAGUCAAUGUACAUGUUUUUAAAACAAUAUAAUAUAUAUUAAUA